UGCAUAUCUGGGCGAUGUUAUCUAUACGAGUACAUAUAAAUAAUUCAAACCUCCUCGUGUUUUGGGCCACAAGCUAUCACCAUCUUAUAUGAUUGAGGACAAUGGCCUAUGGCGCUAUUACAUAACUAAGUUAACUACAUCUAACAGAUAAACUGCUGCUGAGAUAUACUCAUUUAAUAAUACCAUGGUUGAAACAACGCCGUGUCUAGAGAAACUCGGCCGAAUAAGGCAAAAAAGGGCAAGGUUUUUUCUUAGCGCUGACUCCAGCCGAUAAAUGGUGAUGUUUUGUCCAGAGGAGCUUGUAGUAAAUAUCUCUCGGAUAACAAGCAGAAGGGAUAUGUGCGUGUCAUAACAUACACGGUGCAACAUACACACAAUAUAAACACGUAAGUGAUCGAUUAAACCUUCCCAACCAUGAGCAUUCAACCCCUCCAAUCCCGCGAGGAUAAAGAGUUCCCUUCCCAAAUCUGGCAGAAGGCCAUCUCGCCCUGGACAUCCUCCCCGCUCCCCACAUCCACCACCCUCUCCCACGUCCGCUCCUCCCUGAUAUCCCCGCUCCCUAGCGCCGGCCUGGGAUUUUCAGAGACAAAAAGGCAUAUAGUCAACGAUAUUUCUCCCGGUUUCAACGGCAGCAGCCUAAGCGCCAAUUACUAUGGCUUUGUCACAGGUGGCGUAACACCCGCUGCCCUGCUGGCUGACAAUAUCGUAUCUGCCUAUGACCAGAAUGUCCACGCGCACCUUCCAGACCACUCCGUCGCGACGGAUGUGGAGGAUCGGGCAUUGACGUUUCUGCUUGAUAUGUUCGAUCUGGAUCACAAAACAUGGACCCAUAAGACUAUGACGACGGGCGCCACGGGUAGCAAUGUACUCGGACUGGCGUUGGGGAGAGAGUUUAUUCUUCGGGUAGCCGUGGAGAGGAAGGAGGGUGCGGCUCGGGAGGUUAUGAAAAGCGUGGGCGAGCAUGGCAUGGCGGAGGUGUUGGUUGCUGCUGGCUUAAAAGGCCUACAAGUUCUAUCUACAUAUCCCCAUUCGUCAGUUGGAAAGGCAGCGGGGAUUCUAGGUAUUGGUCGGGCAAAUGUUAAAAGCGUUUGUGCUGCUGGUGAUGGUUGGGUUCCACUUAAGUUCGACUUUGAGAAUUUAGAAAAGGAGUUGGCCAGAAGUGAUAUGGCAAGUAUUGUUGCGGUGUCCUGUGGCGAAGUGAACACGGGGCAUUUUGCUACAGGGGGAUUGGAAGAGUUCAGAAAGAUACGGCAGCUCUGUGACAAGUACGGCGCUUGGCUACAUGUCGAUGGCGCUUUUGGGAUGUUUGGACGGAUUUUAAAAAGUGGAGGGGAAUUUGAUCACAUUUGGAAAGGAUGCCAGGGGCUUGAGCUAGCAGACUCAAUUACAGGAGACGGUCACAAACUACUCAACGUUCCCUACGACUGCGGGUUUUUCUUCUCCCGCCAUGCGGACCUCGCAGAGGACGUCUGCCGGAAUCCUAACGCUGCCUAUCUAAGUGCUGGUGGCGGCGGGAUCCCACCUCCGUGUAACAAUGGCGUUGAGAACUCCAGACGCCUUAGAGCGCUGCCGGUGUAUGCGACAUUAGUUGCAUAUGGAAAGGACGGGUAUAGGGAUAUGUUGGAAAGACAAAUCCGACUUGCUAGGUCGGUUGUUGGCUGGCUAUUUGAGCAUCCCGCCUAUGCAGUUCUUCCUCACGACCCAGAGAAGGAAAGUCUUCUGCAGAACACAUUUAUAAUUGUUCUAUUUAGGGCAAAGGAUGAAGAUUUAAAUCAGGUGUUGGUGAGCAAAAUCAAUACCGCUUCAAAAAUAUAUGUGUCCGGAACUAGUUGGGACGGCAAGCCGGCGUGUAGAAUUGCAAUUUCAAACUGGAGGGUGAACGAAGAGAAGGAUUUUGAAGUGAUAACUUCAGUGCUGCGUGAAAUUGCGGAAUAAUAUGUCAGAAAGAAGAGCACGUUAGAUGUACUGUGUUAUAUAUAUCCAUAGACAUAUUAUCCACAUAUGUGGAAAAUAUUGAUAGAAUACCAUAGCCUCUUUCCCACCCUUAUCUCCGACGCCCUGCAGAUGGAACGUCACUUCUAUCGGCCAUACUGACGACUUCCCCAAUGCCAGCCUCUUCCUGUUCGUCCUCCAGAGCUGUGAUUUCUUCUCUACAAUCCCACCAUUUCUCUUCAGCCAGGAUAAACGCUUCCUUCCGGAGUUCCUUCACACUCAUUUCUGUUCCAGUUUUAUCAGCGGUCAUCUUCGACAAUAAAAUAUCCUGCCAUUCCGUGGAGGUCCUGGCGAAGAAAUCUCUCAGAGACUCAAAAGGUCGAGGGUGAGGUUGAGAAUCCUUGACUAGAGUUUCUGGUUCUUGUUCGACCUCCAUUUCCGCCUGCGCCUGUUCCGCGAUGACACUUGUCGCUGCAGUCGACGCUACUUCUACUGACUCCAUGUCCACAUCUUCAUUUUCGCCAUCGUCCGAUUCUUCCUCGUCUUCGCCCUCCUCAUCGCUGUCGACUGCAAUGGCAUCGUUCCAAUGUUCGGGCUCCCUGUAAAAUAUCUCCUUCACACCAUCUAGCUUUACUAGGUCAAUAGAAUACAUGUCGUUAAAUGUAAAUUCCUGAUCCCCUCUCUCAAAGGUGCCGCCAAACAUAAACAGGGUAUCAUCUAGCACUGCUAAUUGAGAAUUGAACCUGCGGUGAGGCAUUUCAAAGCGAAUUGUCAAGUUUCGUUUCUCUCCGGUAUCCUCACCCUCUUUUUCUGAAGAAUCAACAUCCAUUGGCUGAGAUUCUAUUUUGGUUGAAUUUACCUUCGAUUCAAGGAGAGCAAGGUUGCGCAGCAGCUCCUCUUCAUCUGCUCUGCCUCGGCUCCGUUUUGCGGCCUGCGCAGCAGCCUGCUGCUUCUUCCCUGCUACUCGUGGUCGGCGAAGCGACAUUUGGAAAAAGCGGUUUCGAUCCGUAUUCCACGCGUAAAGGUUGUCGAAAAAUUCGCUUUCAAUUCCAUCUUCAGUUACUUCAACGUCGUGGACACCGCCAAACAUAA